UGCGCUAGGGCCUGGACUGUCCAAGAGGCGAUUCUCCCUAAGGUGGCUGUUCUUCGAUAUGGCGAUUGGGCCAUGCUGUUAGAUGAUUUCUGGACCUGUCUAUUUAAUCGAUUCCGCCACGUUGGUGAGUUAUGUUGCGCAGUCGCGUAUCUAGCUGCCGGUGAUGCUCCCGACACACGAGUCGCGAUUGACCAUAUUCUUGCCAAGGUAGAUUGCGUCAAAUUAAUGCAGGAUAAAAAUGGACCCUACAGAACACUACUCGACACCUAUCGGCGGUAUGCAGAGCGAGAGUGCUCUGAUACACGCGACAAAAAUCUAUUCCUUGUUAGGAUUCCUCAGUCCCAAUAUGCCUAAGAUCGUACCCGACUAUACUAAACCCGCUGACGAGAUAUAUCACCAGAUGUUCUGCGUAAUGACCAAGGAGAGAGAAUACAAUUUGUCUUCUCUCUUAGGCGAAGGAUUUAAUAGCGGCAAGUUUAGUCUUCCCUCUUGGGUCCCUGAUUUCUCAAGCAGCGGUGGCGCCCCUGGGUACUUUAUCACAAGAGCUUCACGGGCUUACCCUCUCUUCAAUGCUUCCAGGAGCAAGCCGGGAAAGGUGAAUAUUUGUGACGACAAAACCCUUCUGGUAAAUGGUGUUUGUAUCGACAAAGUUGAAGCAAAGUCUAAACUCAUGAACUUGGGUUGGGCACCUAACCGUGGCGAGAGCCUACAAGAUUGGCGUCUCACACGCUGCCAACAGGGAAUUACUGUGAGCCCAACUUCUAGAGUCUUCUCCUAGUAGGUGAAACGAUCGAGGAUUUGUUAACCACCAACUACCGCCUGCUGCGGACGGAUAGUCCAGAUUUACCAAUCGACUCUCAGUGGGAGAGAUACAUGCGCCUGGGAAGCGAAG